AUGGCUGAAUCAAAUGAAUUCGUUCCAAUACUUUCUCUUAACUCUAUCGACCAACCAGCUUUAUUAAAACGUUGCAAAAUUUUAAUUGAAAAAUUUAUAUCUUUAUAUAAUAAUCCACCAGAUUUUAUUGCUCGAGCACCAGGUCGAGUUAAUCUUAUUGGAGAACAUAUCGACUAUGCAGGCUUUGGUGUUUUGCCAAUGGCUAUUAGUAAUGAUGUAAUUAUUGCAGUUAAUUUUUCAAAUAAAAAAGGUUACACAAACGUUAGAUUAUCCAAUAUUAUUGAUGAUAAAUAUAAGCAAAAGUGUUGGGAUUUUGAAGGAAAAGACAAAAUUGUUGAAAUUAUUGUUGAAGAAGGUGUAUCUGAAUGGAGUAAUUAUUUCAAAUGUGGUUAUAAGGGUAUCCUUCAACAUCUUGGAAUUGACAAUCCUGUUGGAAUGGAUUGUCUAGUGGACGGAAUUGUACCAAUAGGCGCUGGAUUAUCUAGUUCUUCAUCAUUUGUUUGUUGUGCUGCUUUGGCGACAUGUCAUGCUAAUAAUGUAACAUUAACAAAAAAACAAAUUACUGAGAUAUCUAUUGAAUGUGAAAGGUUCUCUGGAAUGAACUCUGGAGGAAUGGAUCAAACUGCCUCAAUAUUUUCACAGUCUGGACACGCUCUCUAUGUUGAAUUUUUGCCAACACUUAAUGCCACUCCAACUAAAUUACCAACAACUAAUCCACCAAUCACAUUCGUUGUGGCCAAUUCUCUUGUUAAGGCUGACAAAGUUAUCACUGCUCCAAUUCAUUACAAUCUACGUGUUGUGGAAACUAAACUUGCAGCUUAUCAUUUAGGUCAAUUAUUAUUCGGAAAAGAUUGUGAAAAUUUAAAACAUGUUUGUGAUUUAUAUUCAAAUUCUACAAAGGUAACAAUCGAUAAACUAGAAAAACUUUCUGAUUACGUUGAUCAAGUUUACGAAAAGAAUCAAGAGGGUUACACUUUAGAGGAAUUAACAAUUAUGUUGAAACUAUCCUCAACUGAAAUUUAUGAUAAGUUCAUACCAAACUUUCCUGUUCGUGCUGAAAGGUUUCAUUUAUAUAAACGUUCAAAACACGUUUUUGAGGAAUCCUGUAGAGUUUUAAAAUUUUAUGAGGUUUGUACCUCUGGUAGUAGUAUGAAUGAUGUUGAGAUAUUUGAAAGUUUAGGUAAUUUAAUGAAUCAGAGCCAUCAAAGUUGUAAAGAAUUAUUUGAUUGUUCUUGUGAUGAAUUAAAUGAUUUAGUGAGAAUCUGUUUGGGUGGUGGUGCUUUGGGAAGUAGACUCACGGGUGCAGGUUGGGGUG